UCCCUAUAGGGGUGGCUCAGUGAUCCCCACGGCUGUAGUGGAGCACAGAGAUUCCCACUGCUGUAGGGGAGCUCAGAGAGCCCCACUGCUAUAGGGGAGCUCGGAGAUCCCCAUUGCUAUAGGGGUAGCUCAGAGAUUCCCGUUGCUAUGGGGGUGGCUCAGAGAUCCCCACUGCUAUAGGGGAGCUCAGAGAUCCCCACUGCUAUACUGAAGCUUAGAGAUCCCCACUGCUAUAGGGGUAGCUCAGAGAUUCCCGUUGCUAUAGGGGAGCACAGAGAUCCCCACUACUACAGGGGAGCACAGAGAUCCCCACUGCUAUAGGGGUAGCUCAGAGAUUCCCGUUGCUAUAGGGGAGCACAGAGAUCCCCACUGCUAUGGGGUAGCUCAGAGAUUCCCAUUGCUAUAGGGGUGGCUCAGAAAUCCCCACUGCUAUAGUGAAGCUUAGAGAUCCCAACUGCUAUAGGGGGUAGCUUAGAGAUCUCCAUUGCUAUAGGUAAUACCUGGAUCUCUAGCACAGUAAGGUUUAGCUUGGCCUGGGUCUUUCAGCACUAACUGUGGAGCAGCACCCUGUCCUCCUGCUACCAAAGGGUGAGCCCUGUUACCUGCCCACUGGAGGCAUCCAGUGCCACCACUCUUCAUAAGAAAGGCCUAGGGACACACAGGAGAGAAGGUAAUGCGGGGCUGAUGUGAUCCCAUCCCACCAGUGCCAGAGGAGGGACGGAUGGAGAACUCCACGCCACUGUCCUCGGGGCAAAAAAUGGUGUCCGAAACACAUCGUAGCACCUGCCAGGCCUCCUGUCAGGAUACUUCAUUACGAAGCAGCAGGAAUUGACCCACAGUUGCUGCUGGAGUGAGCCAGUGAUGGGGGGCAUGGGGAGGGGGAAGGGAGGACACCUUGUUUGGAACUCUAUUCAACAAACUGUGACAUCUAGUGGUUGAGUCAUAUAUUGCAAACCAACCUUACAGAGAAGAAUCAAAUACGGGAAAAAGGCUUGGCUGGCCCUUGUGUUGCCCUAGUGGAACUGGCGUAAAACUGGAGUAAAGAAGAGAUGUGGCUUCUGCAGUGACUUUAACAGAUGAAAUCAUGCUCCCCCAAGUGAAUGGAUGGGUUUCCUGCUUCUCUUUCCUCCUGUUAGGUACUUAUUCCAUGGCUGCGGCAAGAAAUGCAAAUACACUGCUGGAGCUGAGCCCCCAGGAGUAUUUCAGCAGCUUGCAGCCGGGAAGAGCAUCCCUGGUUUAUUUUAGUCGAGAUGGUUCUCCAGGUGUCCGUCUGUUUCUGGAACAGCUAGAGAACUCGGUUGGAGCUCUCCAGGACUAUGGGAUCUCAGUGGUGAAGGUUAAUUGUCUCAAAGAAGAGGUGUCAAGAUAUUGUGGGAAAGAAAAUGCCUUAAUGAAAGCAUACCUGUUCAGAGAUAACAUAUUGCUCAGAGAAUUCCCCACAGAUGCCAUGUUCGACGUGAAUGCCAUUGUUGCCAAUACCCUGUUUGCCCUCCUCUUUAAUGAAGUUAAAUACAUUACAACACUGGUGGAGCUUCAGAAUCUAGAAAAUUCUCUGAAGGGAAGAUCAAAUGUCGUCUUUGCCUAUGUGCCAGCAGUUGGAACACCAGAGCACAGAGCAGUAAUGGAAGCUGCUUUUGUAUAUGGUGUCGCCCACCAGUUUGUUUUAACCACAGAGGCGGCGCUGACGAAGGACUUUGGCCAUGAAGAUUCUGAUGCAUUGUCUGCUCAGCUCUUCUUCUGCCACUGUCAGCGGGUCCCAGAUCUGACUCAACCUUGUAGGAGGACUCUGAUGGUGCAAUCACUGACCACGCUGAACAUCCACAGAUAUCUCAAACUGAUGGCAGCACCUGUUGUGACUGAAGUUGCUGAAGAUCCAGAAAAGGUUUCAACUAUCCACCUACAGCUCGGGCUGCCACUGGUAUUUAUUCUCAGUCAGCAGGAGACCUACGAAGCUGAUAAGAGAACUGCUGAGUUUGUUGCAUGGCAGCUGCUGGGGAAAGCAGGAGUUGCCCUCUUGUCAAGGGACUCCGUAGAUCUGAAUGUUCUUCUCCAGUCUAACAUAGCCCUCAAGACAGCAGAAGAGGGUGCGCCGAUCAAAUACCUGGUUUUGGAAGACACUGAUGAAAUAAUAGCCCUUGUGGAAGACAAGAUAAAGGGCGAACAGAUCCAGAAAGAUGAGGAUGAAAGUGACAAUAAUGACCAGGACAUUCAAGAUGACCAGGUGAUGGAAGCGGUUUACAGAGACAGGAAGCGAGAACUCCCUUUGGAACUCAUCCGUACCCUGACAGAAGAAACUUUUAAUGCUGCUCUGACGGAGACCGCUCACAUGGUGGUGCUAUUCUACGCCAGUUGGGAAGCGGUGUCUCUGGCGAUGUUGCAAUCGUAUGUAGAGGUGGCCAUUGCGUUAAAAGGAACCCAAGGAAUUUCGCUUGCCAAAGUAAACUGCUGGGACUGGCCUGAUGUCUGCAUGAAGCAGAAUGUCACCCAAUUUCCCAUUACCAAGAUGUAUGAGAAGGGAGCAAGAUCACUGACUUACACUGGCAUGCUCGGAACAGCAGAGCUGCUCAGAUUUCUCAGGCUAAGCAGCAUUUCCUGCCCUGCAAAGCUGACCACCAUUGAAGAAGUAGACGAAUAUUUAAGUGGGGAAGUCCAUGCUGACUCGUCGUCAUACCACAGCACGCCAGUUCUGGGAAUAUUUCACCCUAGCAUGAAGGAAGCAAGGGAAGCUUUUGUCGAAGCAGGAAACGUGCUCAGGGGAUAUGUAACAACAGGACUGUAUGCUGAAGAUGAGGCGUUGGUUCUGGCCCAUAAAUAUGCCGUGCCUCUUCCAGCGCUGCUUCUAGCUAGGCGUGAAGAUCACAGAAUAGAUAGCGUCUCGCUGUCAAAACAGAGUGCACUGGACAUAGUUCAGACAAUCAGAUCCCAAUUACUGGAAACAUUUCCAGAAAUCACAGUGGAAAACCUCCCCGACUACUUGAGCCUAGAAAAACCCUUACUCAUUUUGUUCAACGAUAGAGGCCUAAAUCGAAGCAUGAGAAUGGAAAUGUUGAGUUUGGCGAAUGGAAAAGGCCACGAGGCGUUUCUCGCUUGCUGGAUGAACUUGAAAAACACUCCUGUCGGCAGAGGAGUCCUGAAGGCCUAUUUCAGCACUCCACCUCCUCUGCCUCUUCUUGCCUGGGUGAACCGUCAUUCCAGCGGUCAAGUAUUCGCAUUUCCUUCAGACCAACCUGUCACCGAAACAAACGUCUUGGCUUGGCUUGAGAAAUUAAAAGCCGGGCUCGAUAUUCCCAGUGCUACUUUGUCUGAUGAAGCCUGGAAGCCUCCUCUUCCUGCUUACAAUUUCUUACGCAUGAUGGAGGCCACCCUGCCUAAAUUCACAGUGCACACAGUUUAUAGUCGUGGUGGCACUGAUGAGCUGCAGCAGGCAGAAGAGGUCUCGGAAGAGAAGUCGAUGGUCCGAGAGGAGCAGGUGGAAGAACCGGGGCUGGAAGCAGAGGAAGGCCAGUCGCCAGGGAGAGACUUGCGUGGCACGGUCCCAAGGCUCGCAGGAAGAGAGAAGCCGCCCAAGUGAUACACAGAGCUGUGAUGGCCAACGAUCAGCAUACGACUGCUAACGAAGGCUGUUAGAAGAGUGGCCAGGAUGUUUCACCCAUGCUGAUUCGAUGAUUAAAAUGCUCAUAGCGAUUCCUUAAAACCAGAAGGGAUGUGAUUGUGUGAGAAACUGGUUGUGGAGUGAAGGCUGCAGCAGGAUUGCGGUUUAAAGCCUAAUUUCCAAGCCGAUCAAGCACAGGUCAUUUUGUCUAGCACAACGAUCUGUGUUACCGCAGCUGGGGUCUGAGAAUGUUCCUGGCUGCUGCAGGAGCAUCCAUCAGGUCACCACUUAAAUCUGACCUAUUUUAUUGCGUUUCUUGGCAAAUCAGGAAGGGAAAUAGCCCGGCAUUCUGCAUUUUGCAAGCUGAUCAGGAUGUGUGAACAAGCUAAUUCCUAUUGCAGAGGUCUCUGUCCACACAUCGAACUAUCCCAGUCUAGUUAAAGCCUAGUGUAUGUGCAGUUAUACUGGUAUAAAUGUGAUUACGCCAGCGUAAGGCACCUUUACACUAGUAUAACUGUAUCCACACUAGGGGUAUGUCUACACUACCCGCCAGAUCGGCGGGCAGCGGUUGAUCCAGCGA